AUGUAUUUGUUAGAUGUUUCGAGCUCGCGUAUUUUCGUUCGUUCUUUCUUUCUUUCUUUCUUUCUUUCUUUCUUUCUUUUACACUUUUCUUUUUUCUUUCGUCUUCAUUCUUUCUUUCUAGCACUUUUCUUUCUUUCUUUCUUUCUUUCUUUCUUUCUUUCUUUCUUUCUUUUCUUAGUUUUGCUUCCGGCCAUAUCGCAUUUUCUUUCUUUCUUUCUUUCUUUCUUUCUUUCUUUCUUUCUUGCUUUCUUGCUUUCUUUCGUCGUUGAUAUUACAACAAUAACGCAACUUUACUCAACCUCUCCGAACGAAAGUCGCGGAAACCCGUGUGCUACUAACGCCAACGGGCAAGACUAUGGACACACUGCUCUGCGGUUCGCUCAACACAGCUCACUGACUGUCUUUCUGUCGACUGUUUCUUUAUCUAUCUAUCUAUCUAUCUAUCUAUCUAUCUAUCUAUCUAAUUUUCGUUAUCUAUCUAUCUAUCUAUCUAUCUAUCUAUCUAUCUAUCUAUCUAUCUAA